AUGGAUAGGAACCCAUUCAAGACUACAGUCCGGUUCAUCAUCGGGCCAGACGAGGAGGAGUUCCAGGUUCACUCGUUUUUACUGGAAUCUACUGGGCUCUCAGGCUUCUUCGACUUGGGAAAAUCUACGGGCCCGGUCAAGCGUCCGGAUCUAGACUCCAAGGCAUUCACAGACUUGGUAGAAUGGCUGUAUGGCGCCCACAUGCGGCCCGGAGUGGCCGUGGGCACGACUGCGAAGUACAGCAACUUGAUUGAUUUGUACUCUAUUGGCCAGAAGAUGGGAGGAGAAAGCUGGACGAAGUUGGUCAUGAAGCAAAUGCUCGAACUAUUCGAUCAGAUAGGGCGAAAGAUCCCGGCAGAGCUGGCUUCCGUUGUAUACGAGAAAUUCUCCAAGGGAAGCGGAAUGAGACUUCUAUGGGUGACCUUGAACGUCGUGGGCGAGACGGAGGGAGAGUGUGCCAAUAUCGAUUUUCUGCAAGAUGUGAACCAGAUGCAACGAUCUGUGAUACGGAAGAAAAAAGUUGAUGUGGAAAGCCUGCUGGAGCCUUUCAGACAGCAAAAUAAGCCAUCUGGCCCGAAACCACAACCCGUUUCUGGAGAGUCAUCAGCAUCGCAGAACGGCACGACAGCCCAGCUUGCCAAAGGACUUGUUGAAAAGCAGCCUCAGCAACAGGAGAAGCAAUCACAGCCGCGACCACAGCCAGAAACCGCACCUCAGCCAAACGGGGAAGGGAGGACACAAGCUAGCUCGGCAUCAACACCACAGGGCUCCAGUUUCGGUCAGAGGAGCCAAAAGAGCCGUGGGCUUACUACCUGUGAGGAUUUAUUGCGGAAAUUCCAAUCCGGACAACCAAAGGACGAUGCAGCAUGA